AUGGCUUCAGAUCAAAAUACCCUCAACAAACACCAGUCCCACACCAAUAAGACCACCGUCUUUGGGUGGUCCAGCCGCCGGAGAACACCAUUACGUAGGCGGAGACCGCCAUCGAUGCGGCUGGGAGGAAAGAAAACCCGCCGAGGACUCUUCUUGGUGAGACUUUUCAGGCGAGUCCGACUGCGAUGGUUAAAGCUCAAGUACUCGUGCAUGCUCAAGAAGCUCAAGGACUACUAUCAUUCUUUGGUGAAAGAUAUCAUUGAAGGCGGUGCGACCAUCGAGUCGUAUCAACAGAGACUUUUUCUGGAGACUUCUUUCGCCAUACCCGUCAUGGGUCUGUCCUUCAGUAGUAUUCCAACCAGCUACGGUUUAGACCGCCCCUGA